CACAACCAAAACAAAACUCUAUCUAAAGAUUAGAUUUUUUUUCCUUUUUUAAAAUUUAUAAUUUUUAAGUUAUGGGACAGGUGCCAGCUGGUGAUGAAGGAUCAUGAUACCGAAGGGUCCUUGUAAAGAGUGAGCCCAUAGCAGAAGAAUAUAUUCUGUCCUGCAAGCACCUACACCAAAUGAAAUGGUCCUCGGUUUUUGGUUCAAGCUUUGCUUCAGUCUAUGUAGACAAAGACAACAGUAGAAUAAUAAUGCAACCAACCCAUUAGUAGGCUUUGGCUUUUUGAUUCUUGUGAAGCUGAAACUGAAUAAUAUUUGCUUUUAGCUUCCCAAUGCUCUUUUGAAAUUCUCUCCUUCUUCCUGAUAUGUCUGACAAUUCUGACAAUUCUUGCUUUUCUGCCCUAAAAAUUACAUUUCUUUUCACUUUCUGUGAUUAAAUAUAUUUCUAUUCAGGGAAACGCUGGGGGGUGCAAUUACACAUUGUAAAAUCUAACAAAAUCAACUGCUUCGGGAUUUUUUGCCGUUGGAAGGGAUAUAAGUGGACCACAUUAAAGAAACGGAGUCAUCAGAGGUGGAAAUGAAUGGUUGAGAUUUGAGACCGACAAUUUUUAGGUAAGCACAUACCAGUAUUUUCCUGGUAAGGAAGCAAUGCCAUUUACAUGAAAUUUGCGCUAAAAGUUUGGUUCAGCAACUUACUUUCAUGUGAUUGUUGGCUGUUGGAUGUUGGUUAGCAAGGCAUAAAAGCCUAGUGCUGGAGGAGACAGUUUUAAUUGAAUUUUGGGUAUUUUGAUCUUGACUUCUUGAAGUUAGUAAAAUUGAAGAGCAGAAUAUGGAGCCAUUUGGCCAGAAAUCUCUUGAUAGGGUGGUGUCACAGAAAGCUCUGCAAAUGGGCAGUUCUUUUCCAUGUCAAAUUUGUGUGGUGGGUUUUCUCUGUGGAGUCUGUCUCACCUCAUUGUUUCUUGCUGCUCUUACUUCAAUGGGGACUUUUGAGUUUGGUGGGAUUUCAUUUUCUGCCACUUCACUGGGGAGUUCACCACCAAGGAAUUCAAGCCAUGAAAUUAUCAACUGCAAAUUUAAAGUUAUGGACGAGAAAUGGGAUAAUUCACAGAGAACUACAAAUGGGGUCGAUGAUGAGAGAAUUUCAUUUUUGCAAUCAGCUUGGAGUGCAUCACUUUCUGAAGCAGUAGAUGGAGAAAGUGAAUUCUUGCAGAGUGUCGGACUGAGCAAGUCUGCUGUACCUAUUGCCCCUCAUUUAGAGAAUUGUAAAUUGAGUGCAAAAAUAAAUGAACGUCUUGACAAGCAUGCUGGAAAUGAGACCUUCCCUCCCUGGACAACUUGGAAGGGGUUACUGGACAUGCACCCAGCAUCCUCAGCCAAUGAGCAGCUUAGAUACUUUAGGCAUCAAUCUAUAUCAGAAGGUGCUUAUCCUCCCUGGAUUACUGGAUCAGAUGAAGACAAUUACCCUCUCACUAGGAAAGUGCAACGUGACAUAUGGAUCCAUCAGCAUCCACUAAACUGCAGGGAUCCUAAUGUAAGAUUUCUUGUUGCUGACUGGGAAAGGUUGCCUGGCUUUGGCAUUGGAGCCCAGCUAGCUGGAAUGUGUGGACUUCUUGCUAUUGCAAUUAAAGAGAAAAGAGUCCUUGUUACAAACUACUAUAAUCGGGCUGACCAUGAUGGCUGUAAGGGUUCUUCUCGGUCUAGCUGGUCCUGUUACUUCUUUCCUGAAACAUCCCAAGAAUGCCGAGAUUAUGCUUUUGAGCUUAUGAGCAAUAAAGAAGCGCGGGAAAGUGGAAUCGUAACUACAAAAGAUGACUAUAAUUCAAAGGAAAUAUGGGCUGGACGAACUCCCAGGGUAUGGGGUGAUCCUUGGAGUUAUUUGCAGCCAACAACAGAAAUAAAUGGGAGUUUGCUCACUUUUCAUCAUAAAAUGGAUCGUAGGUGGUGGAGAGCACAGGCAAUACGCUACUUAAUGAGAUUUCAAACUGAGUAUACAUGUGGCUUGAUGAAUGUUGCCCGUAAUACUGCAUUUGGGAAGGAAGUUGCAAAGAUGGUUCUUGCAAGUCUUGGUGAUAAAUGGCCAAAGGAAGUCAGAAACAAGCCAAGAUCAGAUAUUCAAGAAUUUGUAUGGUCAAACCACAAACCAUGGAUUCCUAGGCCAAUGCUAAGCAUGCAUGUAAGAAUGGGAGACAAAGCAUGUGAAAUGAAGGUGGUUGAAUUUGAAGAGUACAUGCAACUAGCUGAUCGGAUCAGACAACGUUUUCCACAUCUCAAUAGCAUUUGGCUAUCAACUGAAAUGCAGGAAGUUAUCAAUAAAUCAAAACUUUACACCAGUUGGAACUUCUACUACACUAAUGUGACACGCCAAGUAGGAAACAUGACAAUGGCCAGAUAUGAGGCGAGUCUGGGUAGGCAAACCAGCACAAACUAUCCACUUGUUAAUUUCUUGAUGGCGACAGAAUCAGACUUUUUCAUAGGAGCAUUGGGUUCUACAUGGUGCUUUCUCAUAGAUGGCAUGAGAAAUACUGGAGGGAAAGUAAUGGCUGGUUACCUGAGUGUAAACAAAGAUCGAUUCUGGUAGAGAUCUAUCUCCUAUUUAAGUAAAUAGGCAUGUAAAUUAGAAUAUGAUGGUUAUCUGUAAAUGAGUAUCCAAUUUUGUACUCCGUCUCUCUUGUAAAUUCUUUCAAUGUACGCAAAGCAUAGUAAUAAAAUGAUAUAACAUCCUACGGAAUGAGCAAGUAAUUUUACUGUGAAA